UUCACAAAGGCAAAAUUUAGGAGAGUUUGAUAACAUCUUAAAUCUUGAGUACUAAUAGCUUGGAUAAAAUAGGGAUCCAAGAUUUACAAUUGGCGCUUACUUUCAUUGUUAUGUGGGUAGUAUUUGGUACUUUGUUUAAAUAAAUUAUUAAAAAUUACAUAAAAUAAAAAUAAAAAUAAUUAAAAAGAUCCUAUUCAAUUGUUGCUUUAUAUCGGUUUAUUGGUUCAACUUUAAUUGGACCGGUCCUGUCCUGGUAAAACUUAAAAAGGAAAUCCUCAGCAAUAUUCAUCCUAAAACUAUUGAAAUGAAGACAAUAAUUUAUUUGAAAAAUAUAAUUAGAUCACCCUUUUUCUUUUCAUUUUGCUAAUUAACUAAAUAGAAGAUUCUCAAAACUCUGGCAAAAUUAUGAAGUACUGAUGAAUAGAGAGAGAGUGGUAGUGUUACCCUUAAAAAGUACAUUCGAAAAGAUUCAUGCCCAGAACAAAAUAAGCAAAAAUGUGUAUAGUGGUAUCUGGGUCCAAAAUAUAGACACUUGCGCAUCGAAUUUGUAAUAAAAACGCAGCCUUCAACACAUUUGAAGGCAGAGCUACUACAUAGGCCAUGAAGUGCCGAUCCGUGGCGUGUAUAUGGUCAGGCACGCCUCCGGCCCACCGUGUCACAGCCACAGCCGCUCUCAACCACCCUCCGACUCUCUACACCGGCGGAUCCGAUGGCUCCAUCCUCUGGUGGAACCUCUCCAAUUCAGAUUCCCACCCGGAAAUUCGACCAAUUGCUAUGUUGUGCGGUCAUGCUGCACCAAUAGCUGAUCUCGCCAUUUGCUGUCCCAUUGUAGUAUCUGGAGAACAAAGCAUGGACUAUUCAAGUAAUGUUGCUUUCAACUCUAGCUUUGAUAAUGGGGGUGCCUUACUAAGUGCUUGUACUGACAGUAUGUUGUGCGUCUGGAGCAGAAGUAGUGGCCACUGCAGGCGUAGAAGAAAACUGCCACCUUGGGUGGGCAGCCCAUCAAUUAUUCGUACAUUGCCUUGGAAUCCAAGAUAUGCUUGUGUAGGCUGUUGCUUUGUUGAUGCUGCCCAUUUAACUGACCACCAGUUGAUGGAAUCUGCCGAAGGGGGUGAGAUUUCAAUGGAUAAAGAAUCUCAGAACAGGAAGCCUCCUAAGUGUACUGUUGUUAUUGUUGAUACGUAUACUCUUACUAUUGUACAAACCAUUUUUCAUGGGAAUUUGUCCAUUGGGCCUUUGAAGUUUAUGGAUGUUGUAUCUUCAGUUGAUGAUGGAGAAAUACAUUGUUCACUCUUGGCUGACUCCUUUGGUAAGCUGCAGUUGGUUCCUUUGUCAAAGGACUUUCAUCAAGGUAGUGAGGGUGAGACUAGGUUGCAGAAACCUUCUAAGCAAGAAAUAGAGGCAUGGGAAGAUGGCCUUGUUGAGGCUGGACAAGUAGUAUCAAUUGCAACAUGUAGGACUACUGUUGCUACUGUUUUAAAAGAUCGAUCUAUAUUUAGGCUGUUGGACGGUGCCAUUACAAUAGGUGUGAUUCUUUUCAUGAACAAUGUCCUUUGCGUUGAAGAUGAUCAUGGUCAGUCACAUGUUGUAGGGGCUAUGUUUCUUGAAAGUAAAAAUUAUGGGAAUGCACAAAUUACUGGUGUAACCCAUGAAUCUGAAAAUUUUUUAGUGUGGAAUAAUAGAGGAUCUGCAGUUUUGUAUGCAAUAUCAUAUUUAGAUAACACAUUCAAUUAUGAGCCUCUUUGUGAAAUCCCUGCCACGUCAUUUCCCCUGGGUGCAAGGUUGUCUUUUUCUUUUGUCCACUUGAGCCAAAUACUUCUUCGGGUUGAAUCAGUUUGCUUCACUAUUGAAGACUCAUUUCAAUGGAAACCACGUGUUACAAUCUGGUCACUUCAGCAGAGAUGUGAUCGUGGCAAACUCUUGGAUGAAUGCAAAAUGCCUGGAGAAGGCAUUUCGUUUCUUGGCUGGACUCCGACUGCUGGUUUCGAUCAUAAAAGCGAAUCUUUGGGUGGAUUCCAUACCAAAUUAACAUCUAUUCAGAGCUCUGUUUCCGCCUCAGAAACUGUCGAUAGCAUACAUUUAGAUGAUAGUUGUUAUUCUGUCCCUAAGGGACAAAUUGUAUCUUCUUCCAUGGUUAUUUCUGAAAAUCUUUAUGCUCCUUCUGCGAUUGUAUAUGGCUUCUUUAGUGGUCAAAUCCAAGUUGUGUGGUUCAAUUUGUUUAGGGGGCUUGAUUCUCCAGCUGGAAGCCCACGCCUUGAGGUAGACUCUCAUAUAUCCAAACAAAACUUUGUGGGGCAUACGGGUGCUAUCCUAUGUCUGGCAGCACAUCGGAUGAUGGGUGCUGCAAAAGGAUGGAGUUUUAGUCAGGUUUUAGUUUCUGGAAGCAUGGAUUGCACUAUUCGUAUAUGGGAUCUUGAUUCUGGUAAUCUUGUUACAGUCAUGCACCAACAUGUUGGUCCUGUGCGCCAAAUCAUUCUACCCCCUGCUCGAACUGAACGCCCUUGGAGUGAUUGCUUUCUCUCUGUCGGAGAGGACUCUUGUGUUGCUCUUACUUCACUUGAGACAUUAAGGGUGGAGAGAAUGUUUCCUGGACAUCCUGACUAUCCUGCAAAAGUUGUUUGGGAUGGUGCAAGAGGUUAUAUUGCAUGUCUCUCUCGGCACCAUUCCAGAGUUUCUGAUGCCAUUGAUGUUCUAUACAUAUGGGAUGUGAAGACUGGGUCCAGAGAAAGGGUCCUUCGUGGGACUGCUUCACAUUCGAUGUUUGAUCAUUUCUGCAAAGAAAUUAGCGUGACUUCUGUUUCUGGUUCAUCACUGAGUGGAAAUACCUCGGUUUCAUCAUUACUUCUUCCAAUACAUGAGGAUGGGAACUUAUCUCAGCACAGGUUAAAUAGUUCAGAAAGUGGGGUUUCUUUGUCAAAAAUGACUGGGUCUAGUACUUUGCUAGCAAAUAAUAGUAAACUGAAUUCUGGAAAGGCGCCAUUUGAUUCUCUAACCAGAAAGCAACCUAUUAAAUGCUUUUGCCCAUAUCCUGGAAUUGCUACCCUGAGUUUUGAUCUUGCAGCAUUGAUUGAUCCUUGUCAGAAGUGCAAGCGUAUCUCCAAGAAUGGUGAUGGGCGAGAGAAUAGCUAUAUAAAGGAACAUUUGAGUGAGACAUUUAGUCCCCGUCAUUUAAAUUUGGAUGAUGGCUUUAACACUGAUCAGAGUUCAACAGAUGCCAUAGAAGAGCAUGACUGGAUCAAGUCACUUGAAGAAUAUCUUGUUCGAUUUAGUUUGUCCUUUUUGCAUUUAUGGGAUGUGGAUUGUGGUCUAGAUGACUUAUUAAUAGCUGACAUGAAGCUGAAAAGACCAAAUGGUUUUAUAGUAUCUUCUGGCUUGCAAGGUGAUAAAGGGUCUUUGACACUGACAUUUCCUGGUUUUACGUCAAGUCUUGAGCUUUGGAAAUCGUCGUCAGAGUUUUGUGCUAUGAGGUCACUGACAAUGGUUUCUCUUGCCCAACACAUGAUUAGCUUGUCCCAUCCAAGUUCAUCUGCCAGCAGUGCCUUGGCUGCAUUCUAUACUAGGAAUUUCGCUGACAAAUAUCCAGACAUAAAGCCUCCUUUACUCCAGCUUUUGGUGAGUUUUUGGCAAGAUGAAAGUGAACAUGUACGCAUGGCAGCACGGUCUUUAUUUCAUUGUGCUGCAUCACGAGCUAUUCCAGCCCCACUCUGUAGUCAACAAGCGACUAAGCAUGCAAAACUUCUAAGAUCUCUGACUGGAAUUGAAGAAAGCGAAAAUGAAUUUUCAAGAAAAGAAGAAACUAUAGUUGGGCUGAGUUCUGAAUGUUUGUUGGAAACAGAGGGGACUUCUCAGGUUGAGAAAGCUAAACUGCUUGGAUGGCUAGAAUCUUAUGAAAUCCAAGACUGGAUUUCUUGUGUUGGGGGAACAAGUCAAGAUGCUAUGACAUCUCACAUCAUUGUUGCUGCAGCAUUGGUAAUAUGGUACCCUAGCCUUGUGAAGCCAAGUCUUGCCACACUGGCUGUUCAACCAUUGGUGAAGUUGGUUAUGGCAAUGAAUGAAAAAUAUAGCUCCACUGCUGCAGAGCUACUUGCAGAAGGAAUGGAGAGUACAUGGAAGGCAUGCAUUGACACUGAGAUACCACGUUUGAUUAGUGACAUAUUCUUUCAAAUUGAGUGUGUAAGUGGUCCUUCAGCCAACUCAGCUGGUGAAAAUCCAGCUGUACCAGCAUCGAUCCGUGAGACAUUAGUUGGGACCCUUCUUCCAAGUCUAGCAGUGGCUGAUAUUCUUGGAUUUUUAACUGUAAUAGAAAGCCAAAUUUGGUCUACUGCAUCUGAUUCACCUGUCCACCUAGUAUCUCUCGCAACUCUCAUUAGGGUUGUGCGUAGUUCCCCAAGAACCUUGGUUCAGUACCUUGAUAAGGUGGUUAACUUCAUCCUACAAACUAUGGACCCUGGAAACUCUGUCAUGCGCAAAACUUGCCAUCAACAUUCAAUGACAACAUUAAGGGAAGUUAUACGCGUGUUUCCAAUGGUAGCCAUGAAUGAAAGCUCCACUAAGUUGGCUUUUGGUGAUGCUAUUGGGGAGAUUAAUGGGGCUAGCAUUCGGGUGUAUGACAUGCAAAGUGCGACAAAAAUCAAAGUUUUGGAUGCAAGUGGACCUCCUGGACUUCCAAGUUUGCUUUUAAGAGCACCCGAAAUGUCAGUGACUACAGUAAUAUCAGCUCUGAGCUUUUCACCAGAUGGAGAGGGGUUGGUAGCUUUCUCUGAACAUGGGCUGAUGAUCCGAUGGUGGUCCUUGGGAUCCGUGUGGUGGGAGAAACUGAGCCGGAACCUUAAUCCUGUCCAGUGCACCAAAGUUAUAUUUGUUCCUCCGGGAGAGGGAUUCUCACCUAAAACUUCGAGAUCUAGCAUAAUGGGAAGCGUAUUGGGACAUGAUACCGAAGCCCAUUCACAGGAAGCUGCUGCUUGCUAUUCAGAUAAAUUAAAACUCUUGAUUCAUAACCUUGAUCUUUCUUACCGUCUCCAAUGGGUUGGCGAACGUAAAGUACUGCUGACUAGGCAUGGCCUUGAGAUAGGCAGCUUUCCAUUAUAAUAAUGCCGGCAACUGCACGAACUAGUUUCCUUUUGAAAGUCUUAACUUGGACUAAAACAUUGACAUCGGAUGCAUUCUAUGUAUUUGUGUCUAGCGGGACCGAUAUAUCUUCGGGUCGAUGAGGUCCAUGCGCAUUCUUCUCCGGGGAGCCGUUGAAUACAUUACUGGUUAGUACAAUCAAUUUUGGUUAGAAAAUGAUGCAUGAUUUAUCGAUGACACAGGCUGCUGAAUUGUUGAGAAUUUAUUUACGUGAUGGUUUCGAUGAUUUUGCUAUUUAAAUUAGACGUGGAUUUAGAUAAUAAUAUUGAAAUAGUAAACAUAUAAUAAAUAAUUGGGUUCUAGAUUAUCAUAUUUUUAUUCAAAAAUUCUUGUAAAUAUCUCAUAUCCUAUAUUUAGGAUCGUAAUGCUUGAUUUUCAUGUUUGACUUUUAAGUUUAA